AAACGUGAUCGUUCCAUUUCGAAAUCGUCGAGUCGUCGCGAAACAUAAAACAAUCUAAUUCAGUGUUCGGCCGUCGAGUGUUGCACAGUGUUAAGAUGUAUAGGCGCAGUUGAACGAAGCGGUCGAGAUGCAAGCGAUGAGCGCGAAUACGGGCGCGCCCAGGGCGCCGCAACGGUCGCCGUUCGCGAUACAGGAGCUGCUGGGCCUGUCGGACAGUCGGGAGAGCCGGGAGCGAUACUUCGAGAGCCGGGAUGAUAGAGUGCUGAACUUGUCAGAGAACAGAGAGCCGAGAGGGCCGUACGCGCCGCAGUUCCCGCUGCCGGCGUCGAUGGCGAGCCGCGUGGCGUACGCGGCGGCCUUCAACGCGCAGGCUGCCGUGGCCGCGGCCUUCCUUCCCGGGCCCCCCUUGUUGCAUCCGCCGCCUGGGUUCCCGCAAAUCAAGUCACCCUACAGUCCCUCGCAGACGCACCUCUCAGGUGUAUCAUCAAUCGAAGCUGCAAAAGACUUCACAGUAGACGGUCUUACGGGCUACAAUGGAAAGAAAAAGAAGAAAAAAAGGAGACAUAGUCGAACGAUCUUCACCUCGUACCAACUGGACGAGCUGGAGAAAGCCUUCAAGGACGCUCACUACCCCGACGUGUACGCGCGCGAGAUGCUCUCCCUCAAAACUGACCUGCCGGAAGACAGGAUACAAGUAGCUACGUAA